GCGUGCGGCGGUGCGUCUGGUAGAAGGAGAAGAUGGCGGUGUCCACAGGAGUUAAAGUUCCUCGUAAUUUUCGCUUGUUGGAAGAACUUGAAGAAGGACAAAAAGGAGUAGGUGAUGGUACGGUUAGCUGGGGCCUUGAAGAUGAUGAAGACAUGACACUUACAAGGUGGACAGGCAUGAUUAUUGGGCCACCAAGGACAAACUAUGAAAACAGAAUAUACAGCCUGAAAGUAGAAUGCGGAUCUAAAUACCCAGAAGCACCUCCAUCCGUUAGAUUUGUAACAAAGAUUAAUAUGAAUGGGAUCAAUAAUUCCAGUGGAAUGGUGGAUGCACGGAGCAUACCAGUAUUAGCAAAAUGGCAAAAUUCCUAUAGCAUUAAAGUUGUACUUCAAGAGCUAAGACGUCUUAUGAUGUCCAAAGAAAACAUGAAGCUUCCACAGCCACCAGAAGGACAGACAUACAACAACUAAUUUUAGUGGAUCUCAAACUUGUCUUAAAUCAACAACCUUCUACUCAUGUUAAUGUCUUGAUUAAAUAUCACCAUGCAAAAUACCCACACAUUAAGUAAAAGAAUUGCAGCUGGUAAACAUGACCUGGACAGUUGUAAGAAUAUAUUUAAUAUAUGUACACCUAUUAUGUUUUCAGGUAACAAGAGAAGUGCAGCACAAUUUUUCUUUCUCUUCUUAAAAGCACUGUCAUUUAAACAUGAAUCUGAAGCAUUCAAAAUGGAAUUCAGGUUGUCAAGACAGAAGCAUGGCAAAAGAGUGUCAGAUGGCCACGGGAACCUUUGUUUUUCUGAAAGUAAAGUCUCAAGAAAGAAGAACAGAACUGGCAGGCUUUAUCCACCAUAUUUAGAGCUGCAGAUGGAAUUGUUUAAAGUAGCAGACAUAAUGACUAGUCACCAAUUGUGUUAAUCCUUGAAGCGGUGUGGGUGCUGACUACUGUUAGUGUCAAACAUAGGUGCAGGAUGGUUUUGAUACCUGUAUUUAUAAUAAAAAGAUGUUUGGGGUUUUGAAUUUCUGUUAAAAGCUGUUCUCGUUUGUUACAUGUAACAGACAUGAUAAGUUGUUUACAGUCUUUGUUUAAUAAAACAUGCUUAGAAGUUUUAAGUGAAGACAACAAAAAGGAAAUAGGUGUUGGAUAUGUGAUUUUGAGAUGAAAGUUAGUCUUAAAAUGUAAAUAAAAUAUGGAAUGUGUCUUCAAAGACUGUGCUAUUUCUGUUACAUUGAUAUAUGCUAUAGUAGCCAUAUCAAGGUAGCAAAAUUGGGGGUUAUUAAGCUAGGCAUGGUAAUGGCAAAAGCAGGAAGAUUUUCAGUUCCAGGCCAGCUUGGGCUGAUACAUAAGAUUGUAUGUAAAACCAAAGAAAUAAUGAGAGAAUAUCAAAGAUUUUCAUUGAAAUUCUAUUUUAUAUGCUUAUGUUUGGAACUUACAGAGCAUCUUUUUGACUUCUUACAUGCUCAGUUUAAUUUCUUUGCACAAAGAGGUAUCUCGGUUACUACAUUUCAAGUUUUAUUUCAUCAUGGGUAAUUUUAAAAUUGCAUUUUAGCAAUUUUCAUAGUUACAGACUGCAAAUUAUUCAAGUACUCAUUCAUUUUUUUCUUUAUGACUUAUUUUUCUAUGAAGCUUUUGGUUCAUUACAGUUGACUGAAUUGAAGACAUUUCUUCACCUGUCUUUACAUUUUUUUUUUACUUUAUUUGUGUGUGUGUAUGUGUGUUGUGUGUGUGCGCACAUGCACAUAUGUGUGUGUACACUUGUAUGAAGGUCAAAGGUUACCUUUGGAGUUGGUUCUUGCCUUCACUUUUAUAUGUGUUCCUGAUGUCAAACUCUGAUCACCAUGUACCAUCUGUCUGAAUAAGGGAAUGAGUGCCUUCACUGAAGAGUCAUCUCAUUGGUCCCUCUUCUAAGACCAAUGAAAGUUAAUUUUAUCAUUCCACUCCACAUUCACUUUAACAAAUAUGUGUCUGAAGUUGAAAGUUCAUUUUUAUUCUUUUAUCAUAUUGACAAAGUUUGAUUGUCAAAAUAAAAAAUUAGAUGUUCAAGCUUUGCCUAUAAAGAAAGUAAAGGAAAAGUAUUACUAGUAGACUGGAUUAUUUUGGUUACUUUUAUAGCCAAGACAGGUUUCUUUAAACAUACUUGGCAUGUUUUGAUUAAGCUGUUUAAAAAUUAACCUUUUUUUAGUUAGCAUUUCAUUAAUUAAACACUAGACAUUUUGUCUAAACAUUAUCAUCACUUUUGUAUUUUGAAACAGUAUCACCUAUGAUAGCCUCAAACUUGCAGAAUUACUUCUGUCUCAACCUCUCAAGUACUGGUUCUGGUGUACACUGCAAUGUCCAGAAUAGAUGGACUCAUUUUAAAUGAACUAGUUAAUUAUCAGCGAGGUUUCUUUAUUCUUUGUGUGUGUGUGUGUGUGUGUAGGUGGGGAGGAGUAGUGGUGUAUACAGAAGCCUUAGGUUGACGUCUGGAGUCUCCUUUAAUUGCUCUUUCACUUUAUAUAGUGUGAGACAGGGUUUCUAAAUGAAGCUCACUGAUGCGGCUAGACUUGCUAAUCAGCUUGCUACCAAGAUAGAUCCCCUGCCUCUGCUUUCCAAGGCCGGAAUUACAGCCUCAACUGUUAUUUUAUGUGGGUUCUAGGGAUCUGAUAUCCGACGAGCAUUUUCGACCAUUGAGCCAUCUCAGUCCCUCAAAAAUGUUCUAAGUAUUUAAAAAUCACACAGAAUGUACACAUUUUCCAUGCGUUAAUUAUUAAAGUAGACUUAAACAUUAUACUUAAUAUUUAAUGGUUAAAGAUUACAUUGAAUUGCGAUACUAUAGAAUCAUUAUCAGUCUGUUUUCUGCCUUGAAAAUGUGUCUUGUGAUACUUGGAAACUAGAAAGUAUUGGGAUGCUUUUGAUAGGCUCUGAUAGAAUCUCGUACUUUGGUCUCAUGUUGUCUUUGUGUAUGCUACCCAAGGCUGUUGUCAGACAGAGUCCUACCUAUUUAAAAAAAAGGGGGAUUGUUGAUUUUAGCAGAAAUCUACGAGUCAGUUAAAAGAUUUCCAAAGCAAAAUCCAUUUUGCAUGUAGCAAUUAUAUAUGAUAAUCUAAGAUAUAUUAAUUCAUGAAAUUUUAGAGUCUUAUAAUUAUAAGACAGAAGUUUAAAAGGAAAUUUUCCUUUGUAAAGUGGCUAGGGUUGCAGGAAUGUUGUGGUAUAGACUAGAAAGUUGCCUUAGAAAUUUGUUUCAAGAGAUUUUUAAGGAUGACCCUUGAUGCCUGUAUGUUAAU